AAAAUUUCUGGGUUGCAGCUGCGCAUAAUGAAUGUCAGCCAUCUUAGUUCAGUAACCGGCGACGAAAAUGGCGAAGGCAGCUCAGAAACUCGCCGGCUUAGGCCAGCGAUUAGGUUCUUCUCUCAUGGUACAAGGACCCAAAGUUGCAUCAGAUGCUUUCGCGUAUUCUAAACCUAGACUUACCAAGUUCUGGUACUAUGCAAAAGUUGAGCUAGCACCACCAUUCCCAAAUGAAUUCCCUCAAGUAAUGAAAGGCGUCCAAGAUGUAGUGAAGUCGGCUACUACUGGAAAAUGGGCUCAGCUUACAGUCAAGGAAGCAUGGGUAAAUACACUUGUAUGUGUGGAAGUUGCAUUCUGGUUUUUCGUAGGUGAACAAAUAGGAAGGAAAAGCAUUGUGGGUUACGACAUUAAAGGAGACUUCAAGCCUUUAGGCUACAUCUAGACCUUAGCAAAUAAAGAUUUUCUGUACCUCAGAUAGCAUGAAUUAGACAUUAUGUUGUGACCAGUGAAUUGUUACUGAAUCAAUAGAACAAUGGCAAGAGGCAUUGAAGCGUGACAAGAGAGAUUCAACAAUAACAUUCAGUUUUAAUGGACAAGAGUAUUUACAUCAGAAGCGAGAUGAUAACGCCCUCUAUUUCAUCCUAUCAAACUUGGGACUUAUUAAUUGCUGUGAAAAGUUCAUUUAGUAUAUGUUGAAUUAAAAUUUAUCAGAUUUAUGUCCAAAA